CGCCAGUCAGAUGUGAUUCAAUGGUUGAUUCCGUAAAUCUCAGCCCUGAAUUGUCGAGUCCGUAUUCGAGUGACGUAAUAAACCACCACAGCGGAACUCAAGUCGAGAGGGUUGUUUCCAGUACGGCGUGGAGGCUGUGACACUCAACAGCGGACCCUUACUUCUGUUCCAGCGGUCUGUUUUGAUGUCAAGUUACCGCAGUUGCGCUGAACCUUAGCUGCUAGCGAGAGCACGAUGGCUCCCAGCAAGAGGCUUCGGAACAAAACCAUGCGCCUCGAGUGUGAGUGGGCUUCAUGUCAGGAGCAGUUCGGUCGGAUGGAAAACUUCUGCCAGCAUGUUGAUGAACACCUGAAGGACCUCAGCGCAGUGGAUGACGAGCCGACAGAUUCGCAAAAGGAGGUCCAGUGUCUGUGGAGAGACUGCGGCUUCGUCUCGGUGGACGGUCUCCAGGAGCUCCGGCGCCACGUCUUCUUCCACUGUUACCACACGAAGCUGAAACAGCUGGGUCAGCAGGUCAUCGACGCGCAGCCCCGGCUGGGCUCCUGCUCCAUCGGCCACCAGAACCGGAAUAUCGUCCCCGAAGUGCCGGACAACUUUGUCUGCCAGUGGGAGGAGUGUGACCAACAAACCUUCGAGAACCCGGAGUGGUUCUACCGGCACGUUGAGAUGCACAGCGUCUGCGUCGAAGGCCCUGCGGUCGACUGCGAGAGCCUGAUCCGCUGCGGCUGGAAAGACUGCGAAGCCACGGCGAAGGAGCGGUCGAAGCUGCGAGAACAUCUGCGCAGCCACACGCAGGAGAAGGUGGUGGCCUGUCCCGGCUGCGGCGGCAUGUACGCCAACAACACCAAGUUCUUCGACCACAUCAUUCGCCAGAGCUCGAUGGGAGGUCAAAGGUUCCAGUGCUCUCACUGUUCCAAGCGUUUCGCCACGGAGCGUCUGCUCAGAGACCACAUGAGGAACCACGUGAGUCACUACAAAUGCCCACUGUGUGACAUGACGUGCCCCUCGCCGUCGUCUCUGAGGAACCACAUCAAGUUCCGUCACAGCAAUGAGAAACCAUACAGCUGCGAGUACUGCGAGUACAGCUGCAAGAACCUGAUAGACCUGCGGAAGCACCUGGACACGCACAGCAGUGAGCCAGCCUUCCGUUGCGACGUCCCCGACUGCGGCUUCACAUCUCGUACCAUCGGAACGAUGAAGGUCCAUCAGAGACGACAGCACGAGGGGAACGCCGUCGCCCGCUACAAGUGUCACGUGUGCGAACAGAGUUUCACCAGAGGGAACAACUUGACCGUGCACUUGCACAAGAAACACCACUUCAAGUGGCCAUCUGGGCACCCGAGGUUCAGGUACAAGGAGCACGAGGACGGCUUCCUGCGGCUGCAGCUGAUCCGCUACGAGAGCGUGGAGCUGACGGAGCAGCUGAUGAGAGAGAAGCAGAGCCAGUGUCACGAUGGAGCUGAGCGGCCUCUGGAGGCUCACACUGAACUGAGAGGCGUCCUCCUGGAGGAGCACACCAGCGGAGGAGAAGAUGAAGCUCAGGAUCAGAAUAUGGCUUACACUCUUGGCCAAGUGCUGCCUCAGACCACAGAUGUCUCACUGCAAUGUGGAACACAGCGAACGAUGAAGGAAUUAGGACCCUCUCCGGGCACGUGACCCAGGUGGUUGAUGGCAACUCUCCUAGUGUUUCCUGGUCAGUGCUGCAGACCAUGGUGGAGGUCAGUGGACUCUGACCUUCCAGUCUUCUUAAUCAGUGAAUUAAAUGUGUUUGGAAAAGCAAAGUCUCAGUCCUGACACCCACGUGCUGGUCAGGGUUGAUUCUUUUCAGCUGCUGCUCUCACUACAGCACUUCUGAACUGCAUCACCACACAGCCGGUGCAGAGAGAUGCAUUGUGUGGGACAACCACUGUUGCUUAUAAAGUGAUUUACAUUGACCCAUUAGAAGACACAGAUAUGUCAAUAUUCCAUUUUUUUAUUUGUAUUCAUGUUUUUGCAACAACAAUAAAACAUUUUUGUUUCACCUGCACCGGAACU